ACAAACAAAGAUAUAAGAGUGUCGAACUUGCACAUGUGUUCCCACUGAGUGAGCUGAUCGCUGAACGAACAGUGGAUUUGCAAGCAGCUUGCUGGGCGAGGCAACAGCACAGCAUCGAGGGCAGCCGAGAGGAAGCAAGGGCACCCAUUCAAUGCAAUAUGGCAAGCAGCCAGGCCAAAGGCGCUUUCCCCUGGCUGCCCAGACGGACAAAAGGCACUCCCUCACCCUUUCCCCUCGUCGUCGUUGUCUCGUUUUGCCCUUUCGGCUCCCUCCUCGCUCUCCUGCCCCCAUCUGGCUUUGGCAUCAACACCUUCGUCGCCCUCACCCCGCCUCUCCGCCAUGCUCAGGGCCAUCUCCUGUUGUUUUGGAGGGUCUUCAGACCCGGUCGACGGCCGAGAUGUCUCCCAGCAGACCCCUAUCUACCUCUACCAGCAGACCCACCCACCAGCAGCCCAACAGAGCCAGCCUCCUGUCUCCGAGCAGACCCAGGAUGUCGUCGCCCAAUCUGCUGACACUCAAACCCAAACCCAGACCCCUGUUUCCCAGCAGCCAACUUUCCCUCCUCCGCCCGAUCCGUUUGGUCCCUGGUUCCAUCCCGUCGAGUGUCUCAUCAACGGCGCCCGCGACGAACCUGAUACUCUCCUGAUCAACACUUACGAGAACGGUGCCUCGGAGCGCUUCAGCUAUCUCCGUGUGUGGAAGCAAGCCUACUCCAUCGCCCAGGCUCUCAAGGCUCUCCCUGGCUGGAACGAUGACGGCCACGAGGCCAUCGGCACCUUCUGUGAGGCCGAAUCCAGCUGGGCGAUUGGCUCGCUCGCUGUGUGGAUGCUUGGCAAGAAAACACUCAACCUUGCCCUCAACCUGCCACCUGCAGCCCGCGGGGCCCUGUGCGAGAGACAUGCAAUCAAGUACAUCCUCCACCACUACACCAAGCCCGGCCGCACCGAAGGCGUGACUCUGAUCGAUGCUGCCACCUUCCCGGUGUUGGACAACAUUCCAUCCCCGUCUCUCGAUGUCUGUGAGCCGCUUGAUGAGUUUGUUGCCUAUUUGGGAACCUCUGGAACAACUGGCAUUCCGAAGACAUUUGUUUAUUCUCAUAAGAGCACGAUAGUGGCCCGAGCACUCAUCGGAAUUCUAUACUGUAGUAGUGCAAUCUGUCAGUCGCCAUCGUUUUCAGCCACUCUUGGAAGUUUUUUGUGUAUUAUGAAUCUCAAGGGAUCCGUUUGGUUUCCCGAGCCCACACCCAACACUGUCGACAAAGUCAAGAGUAUUAUCAAAAUGCUCGACGAUGGUGUCUGGAACCUGUAUAUGACGCCCUCAUUCAUGAAGAUGAUCAUCAGCGUGGCUCGAACUCAGAACCCGAAAGUCAAGUGGAAUGAGAUGAGAAAAAUCGUUAUGGGCUCCGAGCUUGUUCCUGCAAACGUUGUCAAAAUGGCCAGAGACGUUUGUCCAAAGGCCGAUAUUCAGAUUAUAUAUGGAGCAAGUGAGUUGGGAACGAUUGGUGCUGUCUCGGUGUUCUUCUUGCCAGCCAGUAACGGACUCGUUCCAGACAAAGUGGUUUACAAACUUGCGAAGCCCGGUGUGCGCUGUAUCCUCUUUGACGAAGAGGGGAAUAUCGUCGACCAGAAGGUCUCGAAGAGCGGCGUGCUUGGCUUUGCCGUCGACAAGGAUCAUCUUGCAAAGCACCACCCGAGCUUUGCCAACAUCGAUCCGAACAACAAGCUUGCUACAUUUGGCUUCCUCGAGGAUGGCUCGCCCCGUGUCUGCACCAUGGACUGGGUCGAGAUGGUUGACGAGAAGCAGUUCACUGUGGUUGGAAGAUUCGACCAGAAGAUCAAGGUCAACGGCGUCUAUGUCGACCUCAACGCCCUCGAGGAGCUGGUUUACAAGCACAUGCCUGAUACCAUCAAAGACUGCACCUUUGUCCAAACCUCCGAGAAGGAGAUCGUGAUGCUCUACGUCGUUCGAAAGGGAUCGGGCUUCAAAGUAACCCCCAGCGAGAUGAUCCGCCGCACCGAGGAGCUAUUUACCCUCGAGAACGUCGCCAAGUUCCCGAUCCACAACGUCUUCGAACUUUACCAGUUCCCCUUCAAUGACUCGGGCAAGCGCGACCUCAAGAAGCUCAGGCGUUUCGCCGAGCAUGCCAAGUACUUUGGCGAGUCGGUUAUCUAUCCAACCCUUGACAUCGUCAACACUCCCCUGUCCCGCACUGCCGCCAAGAUCUCCACACUUGGCAGCCAGAUCAUCGACAACCCCGCCCUCGACGGCCGCAACUACUACAUCGGCGGUGUCGGCUUUGACUCGCUGAGUGUCGGCCGUCUGGCUCUCGCCAUCAAGGACGAGCUGGAUGUUGAGAUCUCACCGAUGAUCUUGCUGUCGAACGGAAUGACGCCGCUCGAUGUCGCCCAGUUGGUCGUCGACAUCCUCGACGACAAACCGAUGAUUCCCCCGACCGUCCAUCUGGCUGCCGAGGCCGCCAAGCUCGACGAUGCGAGUGUGACGACCGAGGGUCUUCCUCCGUUUGUCUAUCCCAAGGACCCUCGCGGCAUCGUCCUGACCGGUGCCACUGGCUUCCUUGGUGCCUUCCUGGUCUUUGAGCUGGCCCACAAGUUCCCUCGGGCCAAGAUCUACUGCCUGGUCCGAGCCAAGGACGAUCAGGAGGCUGUCGAGCGCAUCAUCAGCACGGCUCAGAAGUUGGUCCUCGAUCCGGACCAGAGAGCCUUUCUUGAGCACAGCCUCAAGUCUCGACUCGUUGGACUGUGCGGCAACCUGUCGCAGGACAAGUGGGGACUCUCGGACGAGCGAUGGAAGGAGAUCAGCGAGGAGACCGACAUGAUUGUCCACAACGGCGCCGAGGUCCACUGGCUGUUUGACUAUGACAGACUCAAGGGACCCAAUGUCCUCGGCACGGCGACGGCCCUGAGACUGGCCACAACCCACCACCUGAAGCCGCUGCACUACAUCUCGACCAUCGGCACGAUCCCGAUGGCCAAGAAGGCAGACAAGCCGCUCGAGGAGAAGAUCUACUCGGCCUGGAACAUCUCUGGCGGGUAUGGCCAGACCAAGUGGGUCUCUGAGCAGCUGAUCAACAAGGCACGAUCGAGGGGAGUGCCGGUGACGAUCAUCCGCCCGGCCGUCAUUGCCGGCGACAGCCAGUACGGAGUGUCCAACUCUGAUGACUACAUCUGGCGAUAUGUCAAGGGAUGCAUCCAACUUGGUGUUGCUCCGUCGUAUGCCACUCCCGUCACCCUGACCAUGGAUCCCGUCGACCAUGUCGCCAAGGUGGUUGCCGAGAUUGCCGGCUCGGAGGAGUCCCUGUCUAAGUUUGUGUUCCACAUCAGCGACUCGGAGCACAGUGUCCUCUCCGAGACCAAGCUGUUCGAGAUCGUCAACUCCUUUGGCUGGCCCGUCCUCUUUGAAACUCGUGAAAAGUUCAAGUACAUUCUUUCCACCAACCCCUUGUUUGACCAAAAUGCCCUGUCCCCGCUCAUGCACAUGAUGAUGGACAUGUCCUUCAAGCUCGACAACGCCAACACCCGCUCGAUCUACCCAACACCCUGUCCCUCGACUGUACUGAUCGCCAAGAAGUGUCUCAGCUACUUGAACCACGCCCACUUCCUUCCCAACCCCAUCCAGCCGUCGAGCGAGCUGAAGGACGACGAGUAUCCCGAAGUCAGCAUCUUCACCCGCACCGGCCGCAACUGAUCAGCGGACGGUGAUUCAGCAAUAGAUUGAUCAGGUCGUUUCUUUCCUCUUCCUUUCUGCUUGAGUCUCUUCUUUCAUUUUCUUUCUUUUCAUCUAUAAACGGCGGAUCACUCGAUUGAUCCGCUCCCUUCGCUUCCAUGAUGUUGGUCUUUGGUCAAGUCCUGUCUAAGUCUUGUGAUGUGAACACGAUUGAUAUGGUGAGACUGA